UGUUGCCAGAACUGACCAAGAACUCCGAGGAUGGAUUUCUACAAUUCAAAUAGAGAGAACAAGUAUGGCAAAAGAGCAGGAUUCUUGGGUCACAAAAGUGCUAGCAAGAGCAACCCCUCCAGCCCUCCUCAUCCCACCGAGGCUCUUUCAUCUCCGCCGGUGACUCGCUUCGGCAUAAAAAGAUCAGAAUCAGAGUACGCCUUCCCAGUCUCUGAUGACCACACCACUCACUGGAAACAACAACAGCAUGCUUCUGAACGUGUCCCUAAUUCCGGCCAUCGGCCUCCUGUCUACAGACACAGCACGCCCGAUCGUCCUAGAGAGAAUGGUAAAGAAAUAGGGGAAGACAUCUCUUAUGAACCUGAUGCUGAUGUGACCCCAAGGAGCAACGCUUCUAUGAGCCCCUUUCGAUCUUCCAGAACCCGCACGCCUGAUCGCCGUAGGAGGUCUACCGACUUUAGCAGAGAGCUCUAUGAGAGAAUGUAUGAGGCACAGGCCAAUGUGAGCCCCUUUCACCCCUCCAGAAGCCGCUCUCCAGCUCCCUACAACAUGCAUGAUCAAGGGAGAGACUACAGCAGAGAAAGGUAUGGGGCAGAGGGCCAUGUGACUUCACGGAAGAGCGCUCCUUCAAGUCCAUUUCAUCCAUCCCAAAGUCCGCCACACGCAAGAACAAUGCCUGUGAGAUACCAGAAAGGGAAAGAUCAUUUUGAGGGGAUGUACGAGGCGGAUGGAGAAGAUGUUACACCGGGUAGCAGCCCACCCAUGAGUCCUGUUCAUGGAGCCACAAGCCGGUUUCCACCACCACCAUUCUACUCUUCCAGCGACGACGAAGACAACCAUUCCACCUACCUCUUUCCAGAGAUUGCAACUGAACAUCGUUCCAGGGGCGUCUCAGGAAGCAACGCGCCGGUUCACUACAAAUACCAGAUCACUGCGACCGAAACCCACGAGCAAGACAUGCAGUUUGAGCCGCCCGAGCUGCCUGACGAGGCUGAAAGCUUCACUAUGCAGGAGAUCACCAAAAUGCGAGGAAUUGAUAGCAGCUACAAGGCAGGAAAGGAAGAGACACAGUUGUUGAUCUCCGAGGCUUACGUCUCCGUGGCGAGUUACAAGGUGCGGAAGAGUGUCUCCGCCACGCUCCAGACCAUUCUGGACAAACAAGGAGAUAUAGCCGCAUCCUCAAAGCUGCAAUCCAGUUCAACAAGGUCGUUUUACCUGGAAUCCCUGGCCACAGUAGUGAUGGAGCUGAAAUCAACGGCACUGAGAGAUCUGAGGAAGGCACGUGUGGCGGAGAUCGAGGCGGUGGUGAAGGACAUGGACUCGGUUAAAAUUGACGUCUCUUGGCUCAAAAGAGCAGUCAAAGAACUGGCCGAGGCGGUGGAUUGCUUUGGGCUGUACGACGCUGCUAAGGUGGAGAAAGAAGAGUGCAAUACGGGCAUGAGAGAGGGGAAGGUAGAGAUGGAGGAGCUGAGGGAGGAGUUGAGGAGGAGGGAGAAGGAAACAAAGGAAUGCAGAGAGAGGGUGACGGAGAUGGCGGGUAGGCUGGGGAAGCUAGAGAUGAAGGAUUCGAGGGUGACAAAGAAUCUGGAGCUGUUCCAGAGCAAGGUCCGUAAAUUCGACGGCCAAUAUGUCCUUGCAGAGAUCUAAAGAUACCACCAAUGUUUCUUUCUACAUCCAACGGGCAAAUUUACUAAAUUAAAAAAUAAUCAUUAAAAGUUCGGUAUUGUUAUAAAUCAAUAACCGGCCCGGUCCAUAUAUGGCGGUCCAUAAACCGGCCCAUCCGCAGGAGAGAGAGAGAGAGAGAGGGGAGAGAGAGAGAGUCGGCCUAUUGAGGAGAGAGAGAGGCGGCU